AUGCCACCGUUUCUUCAUGGUCUUAGCCUGCUCUUAGCCAAUUCCUCUCAAAUCAAUGUGCUUCUUGGCGAAGGGCUCCGAGCGGGGAGCCUUGCCGCAAUUAUUCAGCGGCUUAAUCGAGCAACAGCUAGGAAAAGUGAUCGAUCCACCGUUGUACUUGGCCUCAGCCCAGAAAUAGACGGUGGAAGCUGCGCACGAUGGCGGAACAAAAGGUUUUAUUUUCCCCUCGAGAAAGGGGGUGGGCAUCAACAUCGACCAUAUCCCGACGAUGAACUCCAUCAAGCAGCAACCUCCCCAACUUCGGUCUCUGGAUAUACGCGGAGUCCGUCAAGCUGGGCGCUGUAG